GAAUGGGAGGGUUUAAUGACUCACCAUCUAGUGUGUUAUAAAGAGCUGCUGGUGUUUGACUAGUAUGAGAUGUUCUGCAGCUCGCACUGAGAAACACUGACUUGCAUAAUGUGUCGCAUUAUGGCUACUCAUAAGCGAAUCCUGAGGACCCUGGGGAAUGGUCCCACUCGAAGAAACCUAUUUGGUCCGGUUGACCGAGAACAGCUGCAGGUGGAGUACCAGGCUGCCCUGAGGAAAGACCUGGAGGAGGCUUCACACCGCUGGGGCUUUGACUUCCUCUCAGAGAAGCCUCUGGAGGGCGGGGAUUUCCAGUGGGAGGGCAUCCCAGGCACCAAAGUGCCACUUCUCUAUCGGUCCUGCAUGCUUGGUCUGGGAUACGUUGAUGGACAGAGGGCAGCAGGGGGGGUAGUUAACCAUUCAGGAACAAGGGUGGGGCCAUCACAGAGUGAGAAGGAGAACAUCCCACGAACCCCAGAGAGAUGUGUGCUCAAACUAGAAAACCUGGAGAAAACACCAGAGAAAGUAGAGAACACAGGGGUCAAGAGGAAACAGACCAACAUUACAGAUUUUUAUCAAGCUAAAAGAAGAGUGGUAUGGAUGCCACGCAAAUCCGGGCAAUGAUUUUGGUGCAGAUCAGUGUUAAAGUGCUGAUAUUCCCAGAGAGCCACAACAAACACUUCUUCGCUCAGGAAAUAAUGCAUUAUGUCUGCACAGACUCUGCACAGUCACUCACGAGGAAGUCUUGUCCACAACGUUUUACCUAAAAUCAACCUGAAAACCAGAGACACCUCAUCCAUACAUACAUGUUAUUAUAAGGUUAAUUGGUGUACUGUAUUCACUCUAACAGGGUUGCUAUUUUUCCAGUGGUAAGGGGGGGCAUUUGAACAGAGAAGAUUAGGGGUAAUGAAUUGUAUCAGUGGAUUUGUUCUUUGUAUCCACUCGGACCAAGGGGACCUCCGUGUUUUGACUGACAUUCCACCGUAUUGAACACACAACCAUGUCUCUGCCUCUGGAUCCUCAUAAAAAGUCGACCACCAAGAAUGAAGUGAUACUUUUUAUAGCACUACAACAGAUGGACACUGUCUACUGCACGCUGUAUACAACAGAUGUCAUGUUUGUGAAAUUGCUGUGUCACAGGGAAAUUAAGGAGUGGCUGUGAUAAAACUUUGUGUUAAACUUUAAGAUAACUGAAAAUGGUAGAGAAGA